AUGGCAAACCUCGACAGCUUGUCAGAUGUUCAAGCGAUUCUGCUUGCCUGUGAGCUCUGCGCUGCCAGUAACGUGGCUGCAUUGCCUCACCUGCAACAACAUUUCCCUACGUCACUAACUGCAGUACGCCUCUUCCGCAUCCUGUUGUCCUUUUUACCAGAGAGUACACCUCCUCAGCAAUAUACAACAGUGCUGGAUGAGAUUGACCGAGGAGUAGCUCUUACGCCAUACUCUGGAGACAUCGAUAUAACAAAGGUCAAGAACAUUGAAGAGUCGGCCGCAUGGAAACGUGUCCGACGAUUAAAACUACUUCCUCUCAAAUACCCGCAUGCCGACACGACGACGGAUCCUUUGACAGACUUUCUCAUCCAUCGAGCCCAUAAGAUUGACGCCGAAACUGGCUUGCAGACCUAUAUCCUCGAGCUGAUAUUGCCGUUCUAUCGGCGUUCAGAGUCGCUGCGACAAUGGCUCGUCUGGAAGAUCCUGCCGCUUUUGCGGUCCAAUUACGAAUACUAUCCGGACAAGGAAGAUAUAAUUUCGCUUGCUAUGCUCGAGUCGAUGGACCAAACUACGGGAAUAAAUGUGUUGUUGUCUAUGACGGGGAAUAUUGCAUCCGUGACGGAUCUAACGCGAAAUUUAAGAGGAUUGAGUCAUGAUCUUGAGACAAAUAAUGCGACUGAAUCUCAGGAUUUGACGGAUGAGGCCAGUUGGGACAAUGUAAAUGACUGGCUUUUGUCACGGAGUCUGGUGGAAUUUGACAGCGUCGCCAAUGCGCUCGAUAACUGGGAUGGACCGGAGGAUGUCGACUUGGGAGGAUAUAUGGAUCUGGAUUACGCAACAGAAUCUGAAAAAUUGCGGAGAUCGUACGGGCAAGCAGGCCUUGCUAUUAUUUAUGCGACUGACCCCGCGAGGGGCUCACUUGAGAGGCUAUAUCAGAUUGCAACGAAGAUUGCAAGACUACUGCAAAUCGACACCGGGAUCAUUAAUACAGCCUUGGGUGAGCCUUCACUCAGCGCUCUCGAAUUGGAUCUCACUGCCAUCUCAGCUGUGUCCAAGGCAUCAUUGCUACAAAACGGGCUUCUCAGGGAAGAUAACGCUCUAACUGUUCCUUCUUCGCAGUCACUAGGUUUCUUACAAAUGAUUCUUAUAUCAGCUCGCAUUCUGCGCGAUUAUGGAUAUGUUAUUUCAUCUCGAUCAGCGGCAUCCCUGUGUCUUCAUAGCAAUGGAGAGGCGCAAUCCUGGGAAGUUAUUGCAAGUUUAGACCUGAUAGUCAAGCAGCCAACGCCAGGACAAGAUUGGAGGAAAAUACGCGAGCAGCUUCUCUGGCUCCGAGAUUGGAAAGGUUCAAAUGAUAGAUCUGAUAAAGCAAACGAAUGCCAUGGUCUUUUCUGGAGAGUUUCGAGGGUCAAAAUUGAAAUUGAAAUCCUCAAGGCCAUGGUAACCACUGGCGAAUACCGAUUGGCAGCGGAGAUUUAUACAGAAUCACACUCUCCUCUGGAGUUAACACAAGUUGAAACUGCUGUGGUGGAUACGAUAAUAUCAUUCUAUGAUACCGCUAGUAACGGAAACAAGACUAGAGGCAAGAUGAAGAAGGCUGUUGAGAUUCUCCACGCCUUUCAGCCCCGAUUCUCUAACACUAAGCGAUUCAAAGAAUUGGCGGCGCUCAUUGCUGCGACGCAUGCCCUCUCCUUCUACUCAUUGACUCUACAACAUGGAGUUCCAUUCCAACCCGUCAGCAUCCGGGCCCAAGAAGACCCUCUAUCGCUGAUUGAGAAAGUCCUCGAUCAAAACCCGAAAAGCUAUACCAAGUUGGACGAUCUAUUGUCCAUCGGAAGAAACUUUGUCACAGCUGGUCUUGUCUCGAAUCGAGACGAAAGCACAACCCAAGAACAAGGAUCAAUAAUCCUAGCUGAACGUCGAAUCAUCUCCAUGGCGGUCACAUCGGCGCUGGCGUCUGACGACUUCGGCACCGCCUACUCCUACAUUCUAACUCGACUCACCCCUCCCUCACUCCUCCCAUCAUCCACAUCAGACGCAGCAACCACCACCUCCCCCGUUGAAGAAGACAUCUCCUGGCGCGCAGCCUACAACGCAGGCCGGUACCGAUCCCCCACAACCUCCACAGAAUCCGACCUAGCGUCCCAAAUCAACAAUCUCUCGCAACGCAUGGAACUCCUCUCCUUAGCCCUCAUCCUCGCUCCCUCCGCCGACCCCCUCCCAGAAGUACUAGGCGCGUGGCGGCGCUGCGACGAAGAAAUGACCAUUCUACGCAAUCGCGAAUUCCAAGAAGCUGAAGCAUGGGACCAACGCGGCGAUCGCCAAUCCACGGGCGGUCUCGCAACGGUGCCAGGCGGUUUUGGCCCCACGGACCGCGAACUAGACGCCUACGAAAACGCGCAGCGACAACAACAACGCAAGAGCCUCCCGUCUUACUACGACGGUGCUACCCGAGACAACGGCGCGGAAGCGCCGAUGGGAUUAUUCGAUGUUGCGCGCGGCGCGGCGAGGGCGUUUAGUAAAAAUCUUACGCCGUUGCAGCAGCAGCAACAACGACAACAGCGUCAUCAUCACCAACAACAACAAUUACUACCCCCCACUGACGAAGGGGAAGGAGAAGGAGGAGAAGGGUUGAGUAGAUCGACCGAAUCCCUUGAACGAGUUCGCAAACGCGACGUUGUCUCUAAUAUGGUUACGGGCGGAUUGGCGAGUGGGAUUGGAUGGGUGUUGGGUGCUCAGCCUGUUAAUAAUCGGUAA